AUGGCUCUGGGCUCGCUGCGCCAGCUUCUGCGGCUCCUCGUGUUGGGACUGGGACUGGUGCUGCUGCGCGCGGCGGCCGGGGAGCGCGCGCCAGGCUCCACCCCCUGCUCCCAUGGCACCUCCUGGAGCUCGGACCUCGACAAGUGUAUGGACUGCGCGACGUGCUUAGCAAGGCCGCAAAGCGACUUCUGCCUGAGCUGUGCUACGGCUCCCCCAGCCCCCUUCCCGCUGCUCUGGCCCAUCCUGGGGGGCGCUCUGACCCUGGCCCUCCUGCUGGUGCUGGUCUUCAGCUUCCUGGUCUGGAGACGAUGCCGCAGGAGAGAGAAAUUUACCACCCCCAUCGAGGAGACAGGUGGGGAGGGCUGCCCAGGGGUGGCGCUGAUCCAGUGA